ACAGACUAUAGGGCCUGGUGUCUGCCAGACUAUAAAAUGGGGGGUCGGCCCCUAGUCACUCACUGCACCCGCCUGCCUGCCUGUCCUCCAGCAGGAAGUAGCAAGUCCCCAGACUUUUGCAGGCGGGAACCAUGUCUCAGGCUGCGAAGGCCUCGGCCACAGUGGCGGUGAACCCAGGGCCUGAUACCAAGGAGAAGGGGGCCCCACCUGCAGGAACAUCCCCUAGUCCCAUCACCGCCCUGGGCCCAACGACCGUGCCUAUUGUCACCGCCAAGGCGGGGGAACUGCCUCCUGGGAACUACAGGCUGGUGGUCUUCGAAAAGGAAAACUUCCAGGGCCGUCGGAUGGAAUUCUCAGGGGAGUGCUCGAACCUGGGAGACCGUGGCUUCGACCGUGUACGCAGCAUCAUCGUCUCCGCGGGACCCUGGGUCGCCUUUGAGCAGUCCAACUUCCGCGGGGAGAUGUUCAUCCUGGAGAAAGGCGAGUACCCACGCUGGGACACGUGGUCAAGCAGCUACCGCAGUGACCGGCUCAUGUCCUUCCGACCCAUCAAGAUGGACUCCCAGGAGCACAAGAUCUCCCUGUUUGAAGGAGCUAACUUCAAGGGCAACACCACAGAGAUCCAGGGGGAUGAUGCGCCCAGUCUCUGGGUCCACGGCUUCAGUGACCGCGUGGGCAGUGUGAAGGUCUCCAGCGGAACAUGGGUUGGCUAUCAAUAUCCCGGCUACCGCGGGUACCAGUACCUCCUGGAGCCUGGCGACUUCCGGCACUGGAACGAGUGGGGGGCCUUCCAGCCACAGAUGCAGUCCCUGCGUCGCCUGCGUGACAAGCAGUGGCACCCUGAGGGCUGCUUCCCUGUCCUGGCCACAGAGCCCCCCAAGUGAGUCCACACCUCCUUCUCCUACUUUGCCCCACCCUUUCUUCAGGCUCAAUGAUUCCCUCAUUUUUCCCAGGCAAAUAAAAGUCCCUAAAGCCAAAAUGUCUCCUGGAUCUGUAAACAGAUGUGUGCCUUGUUGUCCCCCAUGGUUGUUGGGCUGUGACUUCCUCGGUCUUAAUAAUUACAACAAUCAACAAAGCCGCAAACACUGAAAAGUU